AUGGAUCUUUUUCCCCUAAACUCUCCCGGCUUUGUUAACCUGCUUACUUCCCAGACCACUCAGCCAAUAGAAAUAGGAUCUUCUGAGGUUCCCAAACCUCCGGAAAGGAGGAAGUGGACAAUCAAAGAAGAUUUGGUGUUGAUCAGUGCUUGGUUGAACACCAGCAAGGAUCCAAUAACCAGUAAUGAGCAGAAGCUAGGAGCAUUUUGGAAGAGAAUAGAGGAGUACGUGAAUGCUAGCCCUCUGCUCGUUGGCUCCAUUCCUAGGGAGUGGAGUCAAUCUGCUCUGAAGGAGCAGGCGAGUGGACAGAAUGAGAAUGAUGUCAUGAAGGUGGCUCAUGACAUCUUCUUAAAUGACUACAAAGCCAAGUUCAGUCUUGAACAUUGUUGGAGGGAGCUUCGGUUUGAUCAAAAAUGGAGAUCACACAGUCUGACAUCAAAUGGUGCAAAGGAGAAAAGGAAGAAAACUGCGGAUGAGGUGGGUCGCGAGGAAGAUGUUAGACCUCCCGGAGUCAAGGCUAGCAAAGCAGCAAAACGCAAGAAGCAUGGCAAUGAAGCAGCGUUUGAUCAGAUCGAAACCAUUCUAGCAGCCAAGAAUAUGUUAUCUAAAUAG